UUUUUUUUGCCUUUUCCCUCCAAACUUUCUGUGCGCGCCUCCCGCAGAAGGCCUCCCGCCCCCGCCGAGGAUUUGCCUCUUCCCCGUUUUCUGCCGUGCAAGGAAAGCCGCCGGGGCGGGCGUGAGCGCUGGGGGAAUUGAGCCAUCCCCGACAACGAGGGGUCCACCACUUUCUACAGGGCCAGAGUGGCCAUCAACAGGGUAGUCUUUAAUGGACCAGUAAGGAGAGGUGUCUGUCCAAUUGGUUUCUGGAAUUUGGAAGGUGCCUAGGAGGAGACUGCAAGUGAGAGCAGCAGAGGUGCUGGCACCUGGUGAACAUAGAAGUUGGCACCGAGCACACCAGUGCCUGGUGUUGGUGCUGCUGGAGACCCUGAGCUGGGGUCAGCGAGAAGAUGACUGAGUAUAAGCUGGUGGUGGUUGGAGCAGGUGGCGUUGGGAAGAGCGCUUUGACAAUACAGCUCAUUCAGAACCAUUUUGUUGAUGAAUAUGACCCCACGAUAGAGGAUUCCUACAGAAAGCAGGUAGUCAUUGACGGAGAGACCUGUCUGUUAGACAUCCUGGACACGGCGGGUCAAGAGGAGUACAGCGCCAUGCGAGACCAAUACAUGCGGACGGGGGAGGGCUUCCUGUGUGUCUUCGCCAUUAACAAUACGAAAUCCUUUGAAGAUAUUCACCAGUACAGAGAGCAGAUCAAGAGAGUGAAGGAUUCAGACGAUGUCCCCAUGGUGUUGGUGGGAAACAAGUGUGACCUUCCAGCCCGGACAGUGGAAACCCGGCAAGCACAGGACCUGGCCAGGAAUUACGGGAUCCCCUACAUAGAGACAUCAGCGAAAACCAGACAGGGUGUUGAAGACGCCUUCUAUACCUUAGUGCGGGAGAUCCGGCAGCACAAGCUACGCAAGCUGAAUCCACCGGAUGAAAGUGGCCCAGGCUGCAUGAAUUGUAAAUGUGUGAUAUCAUGACCAAGUUGACCGGACCGUGACUUGGAGGGGUUUCCACUGUGCGGCGCACGCGGACAGAGGUGAAACAAAAGCAGCAGCAAACUGAUUCAGGGGAGGAGUAUGGGGGGGGAGGAGGGAGACAAGGAGGAGGAUAUCUUGAGCCCCGCAUGGACUGUCUCAAACUUCAUCAAGGCCUGUGACAAGCAACAUUUUUUCCCCCUCCCCGUCUCCUUUUGCCUCCUCCUCUCCCAGCAACUGUACAAAGCCACAGAUUGAAUCACAGUAAAUUAUUAUUUGAUGGUCUCGA